UGCGGAAGGCUAUACCAUUCCCUACGUGAUCCUUGUGUUUGUCCUAACUCACACCGAUGAUUUUCCAAGAUAAUAUGUUCCCAAGAUCGUAUUUCAGCCAUAAGAAGAUUUCUCUGUCUCAAACUAUUGUGUAACUGCUGUUUAUAUGGUCGCGUCCACGAAGGACCCCCGCCAUCCUCGAAUGGUCUGAACCAACUUCAUCUCCGGUUCUAGGUGUCAUGGCUGCCUCGGGGGUCUAGUACGAGUUUGCACCUGUGGUGGGGUGGGUCCGAAGCCCACACCCGGAAACCUAGCGAGGUAAAGUUGCGUCUUGGUUGUGGAGGCGACAACCUCUCCGAUUCCUCGGCGAUGGCGGCUUCCGGGAGUGGUAUGGCCCAGAAAACGUGGGAAUUAGCCAACAACAUGCAGGAAGCCCAGAGUAUCGAUGAAAUCUACAAAUACGACAAGAAACAGCAGCAAGAAAUCCUGGCGGCGAAGCCCUGGACUAAGGAUCACCAUUACUUUAAGUACUGCAAAAUCUCAGCAUUGGCUCUACUGAAAAUGGUGAUGCAUGCCAGAUCAGGAGGCAACUUGGAAGUGAUGGGCUUGAUGCUGGGAAAGGUGGAUGGUGAAACCAUGAUCAUUAUGGACAGUUUUGCUUUGCCUGUAGAGGGCACUGAAACCCGAGUAAAUGCUCAGGCUGCUGCAUAUGAGUACAUGGCCGCAUACAUAGAAAACGCCAAACAGGUUGGCCGCCUUGAAAAUGCAAUUGGCUGGUAUCACAGCCACCCUGGCUAUGGCUGCUGGCUUUCUGGGAUUGAUGUUAGUACUCAGAUGCUCAAUCAGCAGUUCCAGGAACCAUUCGUAGCAGUGGUAAUUGACCCAACAAGAACAAUAUCUGCAGGGAAAGUGAAUCUUGGAGCCUUUAGGACAUACCCAAAGGGCUACAAACCUCCUGAUGAAGGACCUUCUGAGUACCAGACUAUCCCACUUAAUAAAAUAGAAGACUUUGGUGUACACUGCAAACAAUAUUAUGCCUUAGAAGUCUCAUAUUUCAAAUCUUCUUUGGAUCGCAAAUUGCUUGAGCUUUUGUGGAAUAAAUACUGGGUGAAUACGCUGAGUUCCUCUAGCUUGCUUACUAAUGCAGACUAUACCACUGGUCAGGUCUUUGAUCUGUCUGAAAAAUUAGAACAGUCAGAAGCCCAGCUGGGACGGGGGAGUUUCAUGUUGGGUUUAGAAACACAUGACCGAAAAUCAGAAGACAAACUUGCCAAAGCUACGCGAGACAGCUGUAAAACUACCAUAGAAGCUAUCCAUGGAUUGAUGUCUCAGGUUAUUAAGGAUAAACUGUUUAAUCAAAUUAACAUCUCUUAAACAAUCACUAAGUAGUACUUUUGCCUGAAAGCCAGUAUGAGAAAAUACUCAAAUAACAGUUUAAAACCAGUUACCAAAAAUCUAAUUAGAAGAAUAAGGUGCUCUGAAGUGUCCUGAAUAUUAACAUCCUAUAAUAAAAUUCUUUAAAAUGAAA